AUGAAAAUGAUGGCUAAUGAUGAACGAAAAUUAGCUACAUCAUCACUGAUACCAUUAGAAAUCGAUCCUGUGAGCAUAUUGAGUUUAUCAAAAGGUGUCAUAUUUGAUACAAUUGUUCAUAAUAUUGAAUAUACAUUCAAUAAUCGACGUACAGAUCCUUUACCAUGGAAACUUGUCGGAAUGUCUCUAAUAUGUGAUCCUAGUCGAAAUAAAAAAUAUACACAAAAACUUCAAAAAAUGCAGUGUGUUCCAUCGGUUAUAUGUACACAAAUAUAUCAUUCAAAACUUGUAAAAACCGAAUCCGGUACAUUGACAACACCAGGACGAAAAAUUGUUAUUCCAACUUUUCCACGUAAACACUUAACAGGUAUUAUCGUUUGUCGAUCAAUCGAUGAAUUGUUAUAUUUGGAAUCUGCAAACACAGAAAAUGUUCAUUUUAUACAAUAUAAAUUAUUAUCUUAUGAACGUAUUGCAACACGUGAACUUGUAAAUGGACCAAAAUUACCAUCAAUUGGUGAUAAAAUUAUUGUAGGAUUAUUUCAAAAUAAUGGUUUUCCACGACAAUUAUUACCUGUUGCAAUAAUAUCAUUUACAAGACAAGCAGGUUGUGAUUUAUGUUUAUCAAUUCGAAAUUUUCUUAUAUUAGAUGAACAUAAAGUAUUUGAUAAAUCGUAUCUUGUAUCAUCUACAAAAGCUGAAUUAGAUCGUUUACGUGAAGAACAAGAAAGAAAAGAAGAUGCCGAAGCUGAACAAGAAUUAGCAUGGGAAAAAAUUCAACCACGACAACCACUUGCUGAUUUAUCAAAAAAGAGCACCGAUACUGAAAAUGCUCAACCAUCACCCAUACCACAAUCAUAUCCACGUGUACCUCCUUUGAAAAUAAAGAUUCCUCGUCCAUCACUUGACUCAAAAUAUCAAUGUUUACUUAAAUUGGAUAGAAUUGAUUUAUCUUUAUAUGAUAUUAGUAAUUUAUCAACCAUAUCACAAACAAAAAAUAAAAAACCAAAUGAAUCAUCAAUAUCAUCAGAUGUAAUCAAUAAUAAAACAAAACCAUUUACUAUUAGCAAAUCACAUGAACAUCAUAAACCAUUGAAACGUUUAAAUGCUACAGAACCAAAAAAACAAUCAACUCAUUCUUCAGAAGUUAACAAAGAAAAACCUAAUGAUAAAUCAAUAUCUAUUCGUUUAUCAAGAAAUAAUGUAACUUCAUCAUUGACUAAAGAUGAAAUAAAUAGAAGGUCAUCAUCUAUUUCGUCAAUGUCAUCAAUAAAUAUUCCAAAACGAACAGUUGAAAAAAAUGUAACCAAAAAUAAAGUGAAACGACCGAUUUUACCACCUGAAUAUCAUUGUUCAAUAUCAUUGUCACGAAUUGAUUUAUCCAUGUACAAUCUUGAUUUACCCGCUAUUCCUAUUUCUACUAGUACUUCUUCUAUGAAUAUGGAAUCGACAGGAACAACAUCACCAUCCAACUCAACAUCAUCUAGGCAGCAAGAACAAUCUACAAAUGUACCAGUAGAAAAAGAAAUUACUCAAGAUACUAGUCAAUCAAUGUUUAUAACAGAACAAAAAAAUGUUGAUGAACUGCCCGAACAAAAAAUAAUUUCCGUUGUUCAACAGUUUAAUACUAUAGAUACAGAUGAAACUUUAAAAUCUAUUAUGGAUGAAUUCUUUACACCAGAUAUCAAUGAAUCUUUAUCAAAUACUAGAAAUAUCGUCCUACCAUCAUCUACGUCCGAAAUGUUACAAGAAACUACCAAUGAAUCUAUACUACCUGUAACCGAAGAAAUUUCACCAGUAUCUACAACCGAAGAUCAAUCACAAAUUGCCAAUGAAUCUAUGCUACCUAUAAUCAAAGAAAUUUCAUCAGCAUCUACAACCGAAGACCAAUCACAAACUGUCAAUGAAUCUCUACUACCUACAAUCGAAGCGAUUUCACCAGUAUCUACAAACGAAGAUCUACCACAAACUAUAAAUGAACUUUUACCAACUAUUAUCAAUAAAACUCCAUCGAAAUCUAUGGAAACUAUUAAUGAAGUUGUCUUACCUACUACAAAUGAAGUUAUGCAAACCAUUCAAACUGAAGAAAAUAUGCAACCGAUAUCGCCUUCUCAAUGUUUUACUUAUUCACCUGAAUUACCACCACUUGAUGAUGAUCCAGUAGUGUUUUCAGUCGAAAGUUUACCACUUCCUGUAAUGGAUAUUUCGGAUACAGUCCCGCAAGAUUUUCUUAUUAUUGUACCAUGUUCAGAUGACGAAGACGAUAUUGAUGAUGAAGAAACAAAUAAAAGUAAUAAAGAUAAUAAAAUUCUCGAAUCUUUUUCUUCACCAUCUAAAAUUAAUAUUUCUCCUGUUGCAUCUAAUCCAUCAUUAAAACGAGUUCUAACAAAUACAAGUUCUUUAAAUUCUCAUCGUUCAUCAACAUCAUCAUGUUCAUCAAUAUCUACAUCGAUUCUUCAGAAUCAAAGUCCUCGAUUACCACUUCGUUUAAUUGAAAUUAUUAUACCACAAAAAAUUUUACAUAAAAAACAACAUAAACCAAGUCAAACAAUAACUUUUAAUCGAUUUAAUUUACUUAUACCAUUAUUUGUACAUGAACCAUUAAUUGAUCCUCGUUUAAUAUAUCGUUUACAAACUUUAACAACAGAUCUUCGUUGGCCUAGUCCUUGCAAUCAAUGUUCAAUAUCCGAACAACUUCCAUCAUUAUUUCAUUCUUCAACACAAAUGAUAUCAUAUGAACAAAAAUGUCUAUCUGAAUUUAUUGAUCCACGUCGUGAAUCAUUAAAACAAGCUAUAUUAAAUAUAAUAUAUCAACGCAUAAAAAUUUUAAUGCCACAUUUAUUGAUAAUACGUUCGAAUCGAUUUCAAACACUUUUAUUUGAACAAACUAUAUUUAAAACCAAUUGUUCAAUACAUCUUGAAUAUCUGUUACAUAAAAUAAAAGUAAUUGAUGAUAUGAAUUUUUUUCAUAUGAUUAAAACUCAGGAUGAAUUUCAAUUAUCAUCUUCUCUUUUACAACUUAUUUUUACUUAA